AUGUCGCAACCCCAGAAUCCUCCUUAUCGCCUGGUUGUAGCGGCUGGGCCCGACUAUGACAAGACAACACAUCAGAUCGUCGAGGUGAACGGCGAAACCACGUCGCUCUCGAGCGAGAAAGGCGCAGUGCAGGUUGCCGUCCACAUCAAGGACUACAAUGGCUUACCCAAAUCUUGUCCGGAAUCGCAUCCGUACUUCGAUCACGAGCUCCACAAGAGCGACACGUUGUCUAUAUCAUUAGCGUUCAAACUCAACACCAAGGUUAACGGUAACGACCUCGUUUUUGGAAAUGACUUUGACCACUCGAUCAAAAGCCGCCUACCAAUGGGCUUCAGCAUCGCGAUGAAUAUUGUCAAGACUGUGAUCGACCCCAGCAUUGACGGAGAUGCUUAUGCCGAGAAGCCAUAUCUCUACAGUCCAGGCUUGGCUACCUGGUCCCAGUUCCGCAUUGGGAGCAAGGACGACAGCAUUCCCGCUCCUGAUACUGUGAUCGAAGAAGGCGCCUCGGACCCGGCGGCGCAACGCGUUCGAGACGAAAGCAAAAUGCCGGCGACUUCUAGCGAGCGAAAGAAGCAUUUCCAAAGCCAACAGCAUCGGGAAGCUUUCGACUUUGAGGCAGGAAGAUAUUAUAUGGCUGACUUUAGCACCGGCUACAUUAACCUCAGCGAUCUAUCCUUGAACCUGCCGGGGUUCCGGCUUCCGGUACACGGCCUGAUUGAUUAUGGGAACCACGAGCUUCGAUAUGUGCUCAAAAACCGAAAAACAAAUGAAGUAUACUUUGUCGUCGUCUUGGUUGUCAUGCCUUUCAAUGAGAGCAUACCGCCCGAAGCGCAAAGGGGAAAGAAUCCAUAUGGGUUUGCCGAGGAAGAGUGGAAAGCGCGUGCGUGA